AUGGCCAAGAGGAAGCAGAUAGAUGAUGAACAGAAGGGGCCCCAGGACAGAGCCCUGGGGAACACCGGCUGUAAGGAGUGCUGUGAGCGAUGUGUGGGCAGUCUGCCAUGGGCCUCACUCAUCGCUACUAUUCUCCUUUACAUGGGUGUGGCCUUGUUCUGUGGGUGUGGCCACGAGGCCUUGAGCGGCACGGUCACCAUCCUCCAGAACUACUUUGAAGUCAUCAGAGCCCCGGGAGAAACGCUGGACGUGUUUACCAUUAUUGACAUCCUGCAGUACAUCAUCUACGGCCUUGCAGCUGGAUUCUUUGUGUUUGGAGUGCUGCUGCUGGUUGAAGGCUUUUUCACCACCGGAGCUAUAAGGGAUCUCUAUGGAGAGUUCAAGAUCACUGCCUGCGGACGCUGCCUGACUGCAUUUCUGAUGUUCCUGGCCUACCUGUUCUUCUUGGUUUGGCUCGGAGUGACAGCAUUUACCAGCCUUCCGGUCUUCAUGUACUUCAACGUUUGGUCCAUGUGUCAGAACACCAGCUUGGUGGAGGGAACAAACCUCUGCCUGGACCUGCGUCAGUUUGGAGCUGUGACCAUCUCUGAGGAGAGGAGGGUGUGCACAGGAUCUGAGAAGUUCUUCAAGAUGUGUGAAUCCAAUGAGCUGGACUUGACCUUCCAUCUGUUUGUGUGCGCACUGGCAGGAGCAGGAGCUGCUGUAAUCGCUAUGGUCCAUUUUCUGAUGGCUCUAGCUGCUAACUGGGGCUAUCUGAAGGACGCCAGCCGGAUGCAGAAGUAUGAGGACAUCAAGUCGAAGGAGGAGCAGGAGCUGCAUGACAUCCAUUCUACACGCUCCAAAGAACGCCUCAAUGCCUACACAUAAACACAUACCUACUAGAAACGACACACACACACUUACCUGUCAGACACACACAAGAUGAUACAUGCACACACACACACACACACCCGCAGGGUCUCACACAAGCCUAAAGAUAGCAGAAACACGAGUAACUAAAUGAGUGAAAAAACAUACAACACAAACAUACAUUCAAAGACACAAUUAACCCUUCGCUAAGCCAUGCCCCCCUUAGUUACUGUUGCUAAGUCCGACAAACUGUCGGACAUUUAUUAGAGCGCUACCACUGUCUAUUACUGCACUCCCUGGAGAAAUAUUGACAGAAAGGUUUGCAUUUGUCCAUUUGAGGUUUGUGUUCAGGCUGUCAAACUGACGUGAAAAAAAUAAUGACAGAGGCUAAAAGAAAAAGUGAACCAAUACAUCUAGUAGGGCUAUAUAAAGUUACAUUCAGUAGUAAGUUAGUUAGCUACAUCACAUUAGGAACAAUCUACAGCCUACAUUUUUCUGGAUUUGUUUCAGGUUUUGGAAAGGGAACUAUUGCAAGAUGCCCCAGGAACAGCGUUUGACCAUAUCUUGGAAAAAUACAGCAAAAAAAGCGAGAAAACGACUUCUUUUGCAUACGAGUCAGUGGAGAGCAGCCAUGAAGGUGUCGGACCUCAGUUAGAGAGAGACUUAUACUGCGCUGUGAUUGGCCAGCUGCGUAUUCAGGGGGUGGCUUAGCGAA